CGAGUCGUUGCUCGGUUUCUGGGCGGAAACGAGAUUGGCGAUUCGGCCGGUACGGCAGGUUCGGGACCGGCGCCGCGGCCAGUCAGAGCCCCCCGUGGACAGCCGGGACGCCGAGCUCCUGGGCACGCCAGCACCCGGUGGGGGAGUGGGCAGCCAGGCCCGCGGCGGGCUUCCAGCCCCUCGUCGAUCCGCGUCGCCCGAGCCCGCGGCCGGGCCUCGAUUUUUCGGCGAGGACAGUCAUGGCGUCGCAGCCGAACUCCUCUGCGAAGAAGAAGGAUGAGAAGGGGAAGAACAUCCAGGUGGUGGUGAGAUGCAGACCCUUUAAUUUGGCAGAAAGGAAAGCUAAUGCCCAUUCAGUAGUUGAGUGUGAUAAUGUACGGAAAGAAGUGAGUGUACGAACUGGAGGAUUGGCUGACAAGAGCUCAAGGAAAACAUAUACUUUUGAUAUGGUUUUUGGAGCAUCUACUAAACAAAUUGAUGUUUACCGAAGUGUUGUUUGCCCAAUUCUGGAUGAAGUUAUUAUGGGCUAUAAUUGCACCAUCUUUGCAUAUGGCCAAACUGGCACUGGAAAAACCUUCACAAUGGAAGGUGAAAGGUCACCUAAUGAAGUGUACACCUGGGAGGAGGAUCCCUUGGCUGGUAUAAUUCCACGUACACUUCAUCAAAUUUUUGAGAAACUUACUGAUAACGGUACUGAAUUUUCAGUCAAAGUAUCUCUGUUGGAAAUCUAUAAUGAAGAACUUUUUGAUCUGCUUAAUCCAUCUUCUGACGUUUCUGAGCGACUACAGAUGUUUGAUGAUCCUCGUAACAAGAGAGGAGUGAUAAUCAAAGGUUUAGAAGAAAUUACAGUACAUAAUAAGGAUGAAGUCUAUCAGAUUUUGGAGAAGGGGGCAGCAAAAAGGACAACUGCAGCGACACUGAUGAAUGCAUACUCUAGUCGUUCCCACUCAGUUUUCUCUGUUACGAUACAUAUGAAGGAAACUACAAUUGAUGGAGAAGAGCUUGUUAAAAUUGGAAAGUUGAACCUGGUUGAUCUUGCAGGAAGUGAAAAUAUUGGUCGUUCUGGAGCUGUUGACAAGAGAGCCCGAGAAGCUGGAAAUAUCAAUCAGUCCCUGUUGACCUUGGGAAGGGUCAUUACUGCUCUUGUGGAAAGAACACCUCAUGUUCCUUAUCGAGAAUCUAAACUAACUAGAAUCCUCCAGGAUUCUCUUGGGGGGCGUACGAGAACAUCUAUAAUUGCAACAAUUUCUCCUGCAUCUCUCAAUCUUGAGGAAACUCUCAGUACACUGGAGUAUGCACAUAGAGCAAAGAACAUAUUGAAUAAGCCCGAAGUUAAUCAGAAACUCACCAAAAAAGCUCUUAUUAAGGAGUAUACAGAAGAGAUAGAGCGCCUGAAACGAGAUCUUGCUGCAGCCCGAGAGAAGAAUGGUGUGUACAUUUCUGAAGAAAAUUUCAGAGCCAUGAAUGGAAAAUUAACUAUUCAAGAAGAACAGAUUGUAGAACUGAUGGAAAAAAUUGGUGCUGUUGAGGAAGAGCUAAAUAGGGUUACAGAGUUGUUUAUGGAUAAUAAAAAUGAGCUUGACCAGUGUAAAACUGACCUGCAAAAUAAGUCACAGGAACUUGAAACCACUCAAAAAUAUUUGCAAGAAACCAAAUUGCAGCUUAUUAAAGAAGAAUAUAUCACAUCGGCUUUGCAGAGUACUGAGGAGAAACUUCAUGAUGCUGCCAGCAAGUUGCUUAACACAGUUGAAGAAACUACAAAAGAUGUUUCUGGUCUCCAUUCCAAACUGGAUCGUAAGAAGGCAAUUGACCAACACAAUGCAGAAGCUCAAGAUAUUUUUGGCAAAAACUUGAAUAAUCUGUUCAGUGGUAUGGAAGAGUUAAUUAAGGAUGGCAGCUCAAAACAAAAGGCCAUGCUAGAAAUUCACAAGACCUUAUUUGGUAAUCUGCUGUCUUCCAGUGUCUUUGCAUUAGACACCAUUACUACAACAGCACUUGGAUCUCUCACAUCUGUUCCAGAAAAUGUGUCUACUUGUGUUUCUCAGAUUUCUAAUAUGAUACUGAAAGAACAAUCAUUAGCAGCAGAAAGUAAAACUGUACUACAGAAAUUGAUUAAUGUACUUAAGACUGACCUCCUAAGUUCACUGGAAACGAUUUUAUCCCCUACUCUGGUGUCUAUAUUGAAAAUCAAUAGUCAGCUAAAGCAUGUUUUCAAGACUGCAUUGACAGUAGCUGAUAAGAUAGAAGAUCAGAAAAAGGAAAUGGAUGGUUUUCUCAGUAUGUUGUGUAACAAUCUACAUGAACUGCAAGACAAUACAAUUUCUUCCUUGGUUGAAUCACAGAAAUUAUGUGAAAACUUAACUGAAGACUUGAAAACAAUAAAGCAAACACACGCACAGGAACUUCACCAGUUAACCAAUCUUUGGGCAGAAAGAUUCUGUGCUUUGGAGGAAAAAUGUGAAAACAUCCAGAAACCACUUAGUAGAGUCCGAGAAAAUACAGAGCAGACAUCUAAGGAUAUAAUCAACAAAACAGCUUUUCACAGUAAAAAAUUUUGCGCUGAUUCUGAUGGCUUGUCACAAGAACUCAGACAUUUUAACCAAGAUGGUACAAAAUUGGUAGAAGAAUCAGUCGAACACUAUGAUAAACUCAGCAGCAACCUGGAACAAAUAUCUCAGGAGACUCAACAGAGAUGUGAAUCUCUGAACACAAGCACAGUUCAUUUUUCUGAACAGUGGGCAUCUUGCUUAAGUAAGAGGGAAGAAGAACUUCAGAAUUUAUUGGAGGUUGUAAACCAAUGUUGUAAGGCUUCAACUUCAGAGAUCACAGAAAAAUUAAGUGGACAUAAAGCAGCUAAUGAGAAUCAUCGUAAUACUUUUCUGGGUCAGAUAACUGCUGAUGAAGAAAGAUUGAUAGCACAAAGUAUAGAACUUAACGAGACUAUAAAAAUUGGUUUGAAUAAGCUUAAUUGUUUCCUGCAGCAGGAUCUGAAACUGGAUAUUCCAACAGGUACGACACCACAGAGGAAGAAUUACUCGUACCCAUCGACACUGGUGAGAACUGAGCCGCGGGCACAGCUCCUUGAUCAGCUGCACAGCAAACAGCCGGAGCUGUUGAUGAUGGUCAGCUGCUCAGAAGACAACAAAGAGACUAGUCAGGUCAUGGAUGAAGAAAAGACACUCCUGGGGCAACACGCUGAAGAGCCUGUGGGCCAGGAGCCACCUGUGGAUGCCAGUGUGCUUUGUCCUUCAAGGGGCGGGGUUCCGUUUUUCCAGCAUAAAAAGUCACAUGGAAAAGACAAAGAAAACAAAGGCAUUAACCCAGUGGAGCGAUCUAAGGUGGAAGAAACUACAGAGUACUCUGUCACAAAGAGCAGAUUACCUCUACGAGCCCAGAUAAAUCUUUAAUUAAUUUGAGGGUCAAAAAUUUUAUUUUUAAGAAAAAAUAAAACCUGAAGCCCUAGACCUUGAGCCUUGUGUAUAGAUUUAAAAAGAACAGAAUGUAUCAAGGCAGUACUGUAAAAUAUUUUGAAUUUAAGUCUGCCCUUCCAUUUUUUGGGUCUUCCCUGUUAUUUCCUGUGUAUUAAGUUGGGUUGCAUUUGGGAUUUGCAUUGACUAAAUACAAGUUUAUGUUGUUAGCUUUUCAUAUAAAGUAACUCUUUUAUAAAACAGAUGGAAGGGUUUUUUAUAUAUUAUUAAAUAGUGAGUUUCAGGGACUGCAUUGCUCUUCCAGGCUUGAGCUUACAGAGGUAAUAUCACCGACACUUGACCUUGGAGAGGACCAUCUCUUUUCUUGCUAUAACUAAAUUAAGUAUGUAUAUUCUUACCUCCUCCUUAGACUUUCUUAUUUUGCCUUCUGAGCUCACUUUCUCCCUUUUUGUCAUUACCUCAUUUAUAGAGCUAUAAAAAGGUAUCCUUUCUUAUUAUGAAAAAGUCAGACUUUUGUCAAGAAGCCUUUCAUGUUUUUCAGUGGUUAUCUCUCAAAUUGUGUACAAUAAACAUUAGCCUGGGAGUGUCCCUUUUUUCAGUACUUUGAAUUUGUUUUCCACUGGCUGUGAAAGCCAUUCCUUUAUGACACUUAACACGUUAGCCUCCCCAGAGUUCACAAAAAGCCAGCUUCUCCAGAACAUAGACUGCUGUUAGGAGAACUUCCUGGAGCGCUGAUCAACGGCACGGGGUCACCAGGCUAAAGCCUAUGUCUUUUGGAGAAGGUCACAGUGAUUUAAGGAUGUUUUAAAACUUACCAAUUAUGACUAUGAUUUAUAUUCUUUUGUUUACUGGAUGAGGGUUUUUUUUUGUUCUUUGUAUAUAAUAAAAUUUGUAUAUAUAUUUUUCUUUUGCAAUUAUAACUCUUGGAAAGUCCCUGGCAUUUUUGAUCAGGCAUGUAUAUUUCUGGAAGUAUAGGUGUUUCGGCAGAAAGAACCAGAGCACUUAGAAGGAAUAUGUGCAGAGAAUAAAUUUUGUGUCUACUUGAGGUUUAAUGUAUACGUUGUAGAGAGAGUUGACUUUAAUAGCUAGGUAAAACCAAACCCUAGUGGAGAAUUAGCAGAUAGAAGGAACUUGAAGGAACUAAAUUUACCUUACAAAAGUACUAAUUUUCUUAAUGAAAGUAAUGUAUAAAAUUUCUCUGCAAACAUGUCAACAUAACUUAUGGGUAAUAUCUAAUAAAGUGCCCUUGGUGAAUCCUGAUUAAUAAAUUUGGUUUCCUCAU